ACUGGAUCUCUCAAACCUCCACUUUCUUCACCCGCGCCUGCCCCCGGAGUAUCGCCCUCUGCGCCACCAGACGAUAUCCACAACCGCAGCAAAUUCCGUAUCUCCGUCACCACCCGAACCACUUCACGAGGAAAACACCGCAGCUUGGCCCCCCCUCUCUCAGCUGCUUUGAUCUCAAACAUGGUCCUCCUAGACAUCUCGUAAUCCUCUCUGCUACACCAAGCGCGCCCCGACCGAUAACGAGCGGAGAGUUUUGCACCAUGUCCCACCAAGGCUUUCCCAACGAAGAUGCGGCCAUCACCCAUCUCGUACACAACCUCGUCGAGAAUGCUGUGCGCUCCGUUGAGGAAGUCCCGAUCCCUUUGACGCCACGAACUCCUACCCAGUGGCCUGUCGAAGAACUUGCGACCCGGGAGGCCCUGCGAUACUCCAUUAGCCCCAGUCACGUCAAGGACCUCCUCGACUUCUCCGCCCUCAACUAUGUCGAAGAACCCGACGAUAACCUACUUUGCCCAAUCUGCAAGCUGCCCGUCAUCACCCCGAUCAUUACGCCCUGCGAUCAUACCUUCUGUCUGGAAUGCCUGAAGCGCCAUGUCCACUCAUCCGAUACCUGUCCCAUCGACCGGACGAGGUUCCGAGCCAGGGACUGCAAGACGUCGAGACUUUUGACGAAUAUCCUCGACAGCCUGGUAGUCGAAUGCCCCAAUACUGAGCGAGGAUGCAGCGAAAAGAUGAAGCGCGACGAGGUCGUCAAGCACACAAUCAGUUGCCGAUACACGCUGCACGACUGCCCCGAAAAAACAUGUGAUAAGAGGGUGGAGCAAUGGUUGGCUGUGUCUGGCAAGUGCUGGCACUUUGAGCAGACGUGCGAAUACUGCGAGGAGAAGAUGGAAGCGGCGUCGAUGGCCGACCACAUCAACAAAGUGUGCCCGAAAAACACGACGGACUGUACCGAGUGUGGAGAGACAAUCAAGCUUUCCGAGCUGGGCCAACACCGCGAUGAUCAUUGCCCGGAAACCUCGGUCCCUUGCACAUAUCAUGACUUUGGUUGCAAGCACGAGGCACUUCGCAAGACACUAGCGACUCACCAAGACGAGUGUAUCUUCAGGGUGGUUGCUGUCGUUGGAGAAAAGGUCAAAUCACAAGAGAAACAAAUCGAAAAACUGCAGAAGCAGACGGAAGACCAGGAGCGACAAAUCAUGGCAAUGAAGGACGAGCGUCGAGACUGUAUCUCCUGGGACGACGUAUUCAACCUCAACAACGUCCAAGGCGGACCAAAGUUCAAACCCACCGAGGCUGUCAUGACUAUUUACGAAGACAUGGAACGUCGCAUGGAGGAGCUCAAGAAAGAGUUUACAGACCUCGAGGGCCGCCAGACAGUGAUGGUCCUGAACCAGGUCAUGCCGAUUAAGGAUCAGAUCACCGAGAUCAGGAGCAACCUGGGCAUUCUCAAGAUGCACAUGGCAUGGCUCAUGAACAAGAGCCGAGAGGAAGUCGAGCGCAGCCGGUUGGCCAACCGUAGCGUUGGUAGCACCAGCCGAACGAGGGGCAGCUCUGACAGCGACGGCGAGGCUACUACUCCGACUACAUCUCGGCGGCUGAGUGAUGGGUCAAAUGGCAUCCCCCGCCUUUGAGACAUCUGCUCUGGACUGGGCUUUGGUAUCCAUUCUCCAUCCUUGGGAAUCUUUGCAUAUACAAGUGAGACCGAGAGCAAUCUUGGAUGGCUGCGAGGCGUGGAUCCUGGCUGAUGCAAGAUAUGAGCAAGAACAGAUGUAACGCAGCCUCUGUUCUACGCACUCCACAUCUUCACCCCGACCUAGAUGGGCUCCGUACCUUCUCGAGACUUUAGUCUGACUGUACUACUAAAAGUGUUGAUUUUACUGGCGUUGGGGACAAAUGGGAACAAAGGAACGAAACGCGAAACGGAAAGGCACGGAAAUACCCUUGUGAUGGUCUGCGAGUUCAGCAAGACACCCAGUUACACAAAAUUGGUCUCGUAUCUAGUCUAAUUGACACAAGGAGGC